UAUUCUCGCUCUCUUCGCCGGAAAGUAAUUUCCGGCAAGAAAAAGAUGGAGGCGCUAGCUGUUCUUGAUCUUCUCGUAAAUUCCUAUGGCAAUUUCAUUAUGUCAUCGUCCCGUUGCGUGAUUCGGGAACUUUAACCGUAUCUGAAAAAAGGAUAAAAAAAAUGAAGCAAAGCGACUCUACUUAGCUGAGUUCUGAAGUUAUUCCAUGCAUUGCCUGGCAAAUUAGAUGCAAAUACUACUGUUUUAUAAUCAACGUUAAGAGUUUUAUGUCUUGAUUAAAUUAAACCGCAUUAUUUGUUAGUUUUUGGCUAAGAUAUGAAUUUCCGUGUCAAUUGCGUAUACUGAUCUAAUCGUGAAGCGAAGAAUCAACAAGAUUUUGAAGAGUGGCCGUGGUAACAGUGGUUAAGAAACAUGCCUUUUCCGAUGAAGAUUCAACCGAUCGAUUCCAACAAGCUAGAAGAGGUGGCGCCGCCGCUGUCGGAGACGGUGAAGCAGCCGGCGGUGAAAUCGAGGUUCAAGCGGCUGUUUGAGCGGCCGUUCCCUAGCGUUCUGAGAAAUUCCUCGACGGAAAAGAUCGGUGCCGUUUCCGCCGUCACCGAUGAGCUUCCUUUUAGCAAAGAAUGCGCUACUGAGUUCGAGCCGAGCUCCGUUUGCUUGGCGAAGAUGGUUCAGAACUUCAUAGAAGAAAACAACGAGAAACAACAAUCUUCUAUGGUUAGGUGUAGCCGUAACCGCUGUAACUGCUUCAGCAGUCGUAGCUGCAGCGACAGUUCCGAUGACGAAAUGGACAGUUUCUUUGGUGACUCAAAUCUUCCUUCUUCCGCUGAAGCAUCUGAAAUCCUAAAGAGUUUGGUUUCUCCUAUGAGUGUGAAUGAAAAUAAUUUACUGGCGGAUACAGCGAAGAUCAUGGAGAAGAACAAGAACUGUAAGAGCAAAGACGAUUUUUGCAGGAAAAUUGUUACCGAUGGAUUAUUGACCCUUGGAUACAAUGCUUCUAUCUGCAGAUCUUGGUGGGAAAAAUCUCCCUCUUUUCCGGCCGGAGAGUAUGAGUACAUAGAUGUGAUAAUGGAGGGGGAAAGAUUGUUGAUCGACAUCGAUUUCAGAUCAGAAUUCGAACUCGUCCGAUCAACGAAGUCUUACAAUUCAACCCUCCAAAUGCUUCCUUCCAUCUUCGUUGGCAAAGCUGAUGAUCGUCUCCAGAAGAUAAUUGCUAUUGUUUCCGAGGCGGUAAAACAAUGCCUGAAGAAGAAAGGAAUGCACACUCCUCCAUGGCGAAAAGCCGAGUAUAUCAAGGCCAAAUGGCUUUCUCAUUAUACCCGAAUCACACCUUCACCUACACCAAUACCUAUAACGGGAAAUCUCAAAGAAUUUGAGUUUGAUUCCACAGAUCCUGAGAAUAAAAACACAGAUGAAGAUGGUGAGUUGGGGGAACCCAUAUUUUCUUUGUCUGAGAGUUCCGAGGAAGGAAAGGAAGAAAAUGUGAAGAAAGAAGAAUGGAAGCCACCUGAGAUAAAUCCCACGAGCUCAAAGAUAAGGGUCAAGAUCGUGACUGGUUUUGCUUCAGCCAUUGAAGAUGAAAUGAAACAAUAAAAUUUUGACUUCCUAUUUUGUUUUUGUUU